AUGGAUGGGUUCACUAGGCUCAGGCAUCAGGCUGCUGGCCACGAAGGACCUCUCGCUGACGAGGCACAGACGUUGUUCGUGAAGCCCUCCACUAGGCAGGAGAUUGAGUUUUAUACCCAGGUGCAAAGAGUAGCUGCUGAAGAGGAAUCACAAGGGAAAGAUGUUGAAGGUGAUCGAUUGAUAGAUUUCAUGCCUGUGUUCAUGGGUACUUUAGAGGCUGGUAUCACGUCGAAAGUGGAAGAGACUACUCAGGUCAGUGAAGAAUUGAGGAAAUUGGAUUUGGAGAGUAAUAAGAAGGAUGAUGAACAACCAUAUUUGGUGUUACAAAAUGCCUUGAAAGGGUUUAAUAAUCCAUCAAUCAUUGAUAUUAAACUUGGGUCCAUUCUUCAUGACGAAUUCACCCCACAGGAGAAAAAAGCUAGGUUACAAAAAGUUAGUGAAACUACAACUUCAGGUUCGUUGAAUUAUAGAGUUUGUGGGAUGAAAUUAUAUCAUGAUCAAACACCAGAUUUAUUCAAAUUUGAUAAAGAACAUGUGAGUAAAACUGAUGAUGGUUAUUUAGUAUUUGAUAAAUGGUUUGGAAGAAGUUUAACUCCAACCACUGUUGUGGAUAACUUUAAAAUAUAUUUCCAACAUAAUAAAUUAUCAUCAAUUCAGCAAAGAAUCUUGUUGGAGAACUUUUAUACAAGAUUACAACUAUUUUAUAACGUUUUGCUUAAUUAUGAAUUGAGAAUAAGGUCUGGAAGCUUACUAUUUAUUUAUGAGAAUGAUCCACAACGAUGGGAAGAAUUGAAUAACGAGGAUCAACUAUUUAGACAAGAUUUCCUAGGUGAUGAUGACGACGACGACGAUGAUGAUGAUGAUAAUGAACAACCAGCCCCAUUGAGUGCAAUGUAUUUGAUUGAUUUUGCACAUGCAAAAUUCACACCUGGUAAAGGAGUUGAUGAAAAUAUUAUAAAAGGAGUUGAAAAUAUCCUUGAUGCAUUAGAUAGAUUAGUUAAUGAAUAA